CCGAGGGCUGAAAAUCACUCUGCAAACUUGUCUGUGCAAUUCAUUCCCUGUGACAUUAAUAUCCCGCUCUUUUUCUCUCUCCAAAACGCCAAAGAAAAUUUCUUCCCCAGUCCCACCCUUCAUCUCUGUACAAAGAAAUGCAAGAACAAGCAACAAGUUCAAUCGCGGCAAAUUCUCUGCCAUCCAGCAGUGAGAGAUCUUCAAGCUCUGCUUUUCAACUUGAAGUCAAAGAAGGGAUGGAGAGCGACGAGGAAAUCAGGAGAGUGCCGGAGAUCAGUGGUGAACCCGCCGGAACUUCAGCCUCAGGAAGAGACGCCAGUUCAGUUGCGGGUCUAGACCGUGUGCAGGCUCCAGGGGAGGGCCAGAGUCAAAGAAAAAGAGGAAGGAGCCCAGCUGAUAAAGAAAACAAACGGCUAAAGAGGUUGCUGAGGAAUAGAGUUUCAGCUCAACAGGCAAGGGAGAGGAAGAAGGCAUACUUGAAUGAGUUGGAAACAAGAGUCAAAGAGUUGGAAAAGAAAAACUCAGAGCUUGAAGAAAGGCUUUCCACAUUGCAGAAUGAGAAUCAGAUGCUUAGACAUAUACUGAAGAAUACUACAUUGUUUUCAGAUUGCCUUAAGUUUAGAUCUGGUCCUGUCACUCGCAGACAUGACGCGCUAUAA